UCUGUUAUCUAUCUAUCUGUCUGUCUGUCUGUCUAUCUAUCUGAUUUGAUGUAUGCUUGUCUUCUGCAGGUUAUUUCUGCUCGUCUGUCUCAGGGUGAGCAGAGGAAGAGAGAGAGUGAGAGACACAGACAGCCGUCUAUCUUUCUCUCUCUCUCUCUCUCUUCACCUGCGUCUGCAGCAGCAGCGUCUCUGUAAGGCUCUGGUCUCUGUGGCGCAGCUUCUGUCCAAACCAUGACGUCACCCCCGUCCCCGCUGGCCUCCCCGUCCCCGUGUCCUCCUCCCCCUCCCUCGCUCCCGUCCUCCCCCACGCUCUCCUCUCCCGCCCCGUCCUCGCUCCCCCUGCAGCCCGCUCUGCCGCCCACCGGAGAGGUCAUGAUUCUGGCUCUGGGCCGUAAGAAGCAGCGGCUCCUCAUCGCUCUCUCCAUUCUGCCCAACCUCUUCCUGGCGUUCCUGCUGUCCUCCGACCCGCUCCUGACCCUGUCCCCGCCCUUCUGCUGUCGUCUCCCGCGACCCUCGCCCGCUCCUCAGGUGACCAACGCCUCCGUGAGGACGGAGAAAAGAGACGGAGAUCUGCCCCAGUGCAAGCACAUGUUCGUCAACGGCACGCAGUCGUGUGUGAAGGACUGUGAUGCUGGAUACGACUACAACGUCACCGAAGGCCUGACCAAUAAUAUCGUCACAGAGUGGGAUCUGGUGUGUUCGCGGUACUGGCUGGUUCCAGUCGAGGAGGUGUGCUUCAUUCUGGGGACGCUGACAGGCUGUCUGGGUUUGGGCUACACGGCUGACCGACUGGGCAGGCAGAAGUCUCUGCUGGUGUCUCUGAUGCUGGCGGUGGUGUUUGGGGUGCUGGUGUGUGUGUCGCCCUCACCGCCUGUCUUCAUCACCAUGCGCUUCUGUCUGGCCGCGGCGAGCGCCGGCGUCUUCCUCACGCUGUACGUCACACGUGUGGAACUGUGUGACCCGUCGCUGCGGCUGCUGGCGACGAUGAUGUCCGGUCUGACUGUGUUUGCGGGCGAGCUCCUGCUGCUGGCUGUGGCCCUCGGCUGCGGCUCCUGGAGGGGCCUGUUAGGAACCGGAGCAGCUCCUCUGUCCUUGUUCCUGUGCUAUGGGAUCCCGGGAGUGUUUCCCGAAUCGCCGCGCUGGCUUCUGCUCUCCGAGAGAACGGGAGACAUGAAUUCCUUCAGCGAGCGGCAGAGAGAUGACGACAGCUUCUCGGAGUUGGACACGGAGUCGUCCUCGUCUCCUAGACGUCCUCAUCUGUCUUUCCCAGAGCUGCUUCAUAGCAGAAACAUCUGGAAAAACCUGUGUGUGCUGGGAUUCACUUCGUUCAUCUCUCAUGGCAUCAGUCACUGCUACAGCUCCUUCAGAGGUGAUGUCAGAGGAUUCACCCCCAGUUUCUAUUGGACGUACCUGCUGUCUGUAUGUGCAGGGGGCGGGGCCUGGCUGUUGCUCUGGGCAACGGUGGACAGGUUUGGUCGUCGUGGAAUUCUUCUUCUAGCCAUGACCAUGACCGGACUGGCCUCCCUAAUCCUGCUCGGACUCAUGGACUAUCUGAGUGAGUCAGCCAUGACUGUGUUCUCUAUAAUGGGCCUGUUCUCGUCCCAAGCGUCCGCCUCCCUCUCCAUUCUGUUCACCGCUGAAGUCAUGCCCACCAUCAUCAGAGGAAGUGGUGUGGGAGCGGUCAUGGCUUUGGGUUGCGUGGGCCGCCUCAGUUCUCCUCUCAUGGAUCUGCGUAAUCACUACGGCUACUUUCUGCACCAUGUGGUCUACUCGUCUCUGGCCCUGCUGGCGGUCCUCUCCAUCCUGCUUCUCCCGGAGAGCAAACGCAAACCUCUUCCACAGACGCUGGCGGAUGGAGAACAGUACCGCCGUCCUCCACUGGGCCGAAGACGUAGGGAUAACGUUCCUCUUCUGGCUACGCCAAACCCAGAGACCUAGCCUUCACUCUUCAACCACAAAUACUGAGGGACUGACCUCGGAGUCCCAUCCUAAUAAUCCUGUAUUUGUAGUCAUUCCUAACACGUGUCGGUGGAGUCGUGGCACAUGGACUCCGUCAUGAAGUGUGAGGGGUGAAGGGUACCGAAGCGCGUCCACUGAGUACGCAAACGCUUGUCAGCGCACAGUGGCAUAAACAAGGGCAUACACUUUUAAUUAAACAUUGUCUGACCCAUGUAGCAUUCGGUGACUUAUUAGUAAUAUAUUAGGCCAAUAUGAGAUAAGGGCUCAAAAUGAGAGAGGUCGUUUUGAAACAUAUUUAUCCCUUUCAAAACAGGCUUAAGUUCUCACUCCAGAUGGAAGGAGGAUGGAAUUGGUUCUCUUAGUACUUUAACUCAUUGCUGCUAAGAAUGGCGCGCCUAGAGGAUCGCUGCAGGACUGAUCGAUGCAUCGGGCGAGAAGCGCUGAGGAUUAUUUAUGUGCACUCUGAUUGGACUGAGGCAUGAUACUAGAAACACUUAUUAUUGUAUGUUACGUCAGUCUUUGUUAAAGGAGUAUUAUAGGAAUGCACCUUAAGUUGUAUGUGCAGAAGCUGGGACGUGUUGUCAGUUACUCCAGAUUAGGGCUGUCACGAUACUAGAUUUUACACACCACGGUUAUUGUGGCCAAAAUAAUUCACAAUAUCGAUAUAUCGUGAUAUCUAUAGAAACCUUGGGGAAUCAGCCAAAUUCAGUUAAUUCAGUUUUAAUGUGCGUCUAGAACGGCUGCAGAUGAGGCAUUAAAUGCAUGGCACUGCGACCAACGUAAGAUUUUACAGGGUUUAAUGUAGCAGUGUAGUCUCUCAGUUUUUCUAGAUGUUUUAAUCGUGUAAUAGAUUUGAACAAAGAAAUCAAGUGCUACGCACAUGUAUUGGCCAUGACUUGAUUGCAAAUACAAAUGCAAAAUUUAGACGAGUAAAGAAAACGUGGUACUUAUUAAAAGAAUCACCCCUUUAUUUAAAUAUAUGACGACAGGAAACCGCUGUUAACAGGUUAAUGUAACAUUUCCCAUUCCAUGACUAGUAAAAUAAUGGCAACUCACUGUCUGUAUAAUAUUGAACAUUGUUCUUCUCGGAGUAGCGCGGUCGUGCGCUGCGUCGUCGUCUUGUUUUGACAGGUGUCAGCGUUAAGGCGCAAUACUGCCACCUGGGAGGUCAACCAGGUACUGACGCUGGAGUAGGCUAUUUGCGUGUCGUGUUAUCAUAAGUGUCCGGUUCAUUUUAAAUAUUGUGGUUAUCGCCAAUACCGGUAUA